AUUUUCUUCAAUAUUUUGUUCUAUUUAAUGACCUUCGAAAAAUUUUAUCUUGUAAUUAGAACUCGUAGUUUGAUUCAAAUACAACCUAUUGUCUAUUUGUUUGUCGAAUAAUCAUAAGUAAUAUAAUGAAUGACUCUGAAUUUCCACCUGUUAAUUUCAAGGACGAAGAAGUCACUGUACUCAGCGACAAUAAUGGCAACAGCGUAAAUGUGAUUGAAUAUGAUGGAUACUAUCUGGCAAAGAGGGCAAUAGAGAAGGGACGUAUUCCAGACCCUCGAAGUAAUAUACCAAAUAUAAUCAAAAUGGAAAUCAGACCAGACGAUGUAUUCUUAGUAGCUUACCCAAAAGCAGGUACUCACUGGACUUGGGAAGUUACUUCUAUGUUGAUGCAGGACGGCAAAGAACAAAAUCUAUCAAAAGAAGUAGCAAUGCUUCCAUUUGUAACACCAGAAAAAAUUGAUGAGCUCCCCUCACCAAGACUUAUGAAUAGCCAUUGUUAUUUUAAGCACCUACCGCAAGAAAUACUGAAGAGGAAAAAUAAGAUUAUAUUUGUAAACCGUAAUCCAAAAGAUGUGGCUGUAUCGUUCUUUCAUCAUUGCCAACAUGUUGCGGCUUACAAGGGAACAUUUAGCCAGUUUUUAGAUUUCUUCAUGUCAGAAAGAGUUUAUCACUCCGCUUGGUACAAAUUCAUGUUGGACUGGGAAAGGGUAUUCAAACAACACCCAGAGCUUCCAGUAUUGUAUGUCAACUACGAAGAUUUACACAAAGAGCCAAUGAGAGAAAUUGAUCGAAUAGCUACCUUUUUAGGUGUUCGAAAGUCUGAAGAGUUUUACAGAGAAAUAUCGAAAAAAUGUUCUUUUUCUGAACUUAAACAGUCAUAUAAAAAACGGAACAACAUGGAAUUUAUGUUUAGAAAAGGAGCUGUUGGUGACUGGAAGAACUGGUUUACUGUAACAGACAACGAAAGAUUUGACAAUUAUUUAAAAGAAAAAAUACCAAAUCCUUUUGUGAAAUUUACAUUCUGUAUAUAAUUCUAAUGUUUAUAACAAGUACAAUUACACUUUUUACGUUAGGAAUUUUUAGGUAAUAAAGUAACAUAAAUAUAAUGAGAACUAUCAAUUAUUAAAGAACCAAAUUACUUAAAAGUAAGCUGUGAAAGGUCACCGUACGGCCUUCAAUAGUGAGUAAAACGCAUUUAUUUAAAUAAGUAUAAAAUAUCAUCCACUUAGAAUGAAAUGGGGGUAAUAUGCUGGACUAUACUUUAAAUGUUGACAAAAGGACUAAAACAGCCAACACUAUCUAUAAAGUCGAUCAGACAGGAUAGUGAACGUUACAAUCUCAGUGUUAUGUAAAUGUAAUUAUUCAUAAGGUUAAAAUGUAGAAUAAAAAAUUUGCCAUUAA